UUUUCUGAUUAUUGGAAAAUACAAGUUACAGAUACCUGUCAAGUUUCGGAACACCUCUAUCGCUGCAAAUACUAUAUAAAUACGUUUAUUCUUACAAAAUUUUAUUAUUCGUUUUAUUUCUACGUAGAGUGAGGCCUUACACUUCGUGACAAUGCCGAGUAAAAAGAAAAAAUAUAAUGCACGUUUUCCAGCAGGCAGAAUAAAAAAAAUUAUGCAGACCGACGAAGAGGUUGGAAAGGUCGCACAAGCGGUGCCAAUUAUAAUUUCUAGAACAUUAGAACUGUUUGUACAUUCAUUACUUACAAAAACCAUGGAAAUUACAAAUGCCAAAAAUGCUAAGACUUUGAGUCCAUCUCAUAUGAAACAAUGUAUAUUAUCAGAGAGCCGCUUUGAUUUUUUAAAGGAUUUAGUAAAGUCUUUACCAGAUGUAUCGAGCCCUGAUGAGGAAGUGCCAACACCACCACUGACACCUGCUUCAAUAAAUACAAAUACAUCAAGUACAUCAAUUUGUUCAUCUAUAACACAACAUCAGGAUGUAGGAAUUCAGAAGCAGCAAAUGGCAUUAACUCCUGAUGUAAACUUAGAGACUAAAAGUUCAAAAGACAAUGGUGGAACAGAAAUAUAUAAUUCAACUACUGUUAAUGAGAUGGUAAAAAAUACUGCCCCUCAAGUUCCAGAAUUUCAAAUAUCUGUACCUGCAUCCUUUCAAAUUAGUCAACCUAACUUCUACACAGAGGUUAAUCCUAUGAAUUUAAGUACAAAUACAAAUAAUCAACCAACGUCAAAUUUUGCUCAUUCUCUGGAUGAGGAUUAUGACACAUAGUUACUUUUUAGAAACUAGAGAUACAAAUUUAAACUUAAAACAAUAGUUAAAACGUGUGAUCGAGUAAUAUCACAAGAUUUAUAAUUUGCAUUACUUAUAUAUAUUUCGAUUGUAUAAUUGUAAACUUUUAUAUUUUUAUAUUUGUUCUGUUAAAUUAUAAAUUUUGUUCAAAGCAGUUUAUGAAACCACAUAUUUGGCAUAUAAAAGUGUUUGAUUAUCAUGAAACACUUAUUUAUAAGUACAUAUUUAUGUAUAAAUAUGUGUAAUAAGUGUGAAUAUUUGGACUUACACAAUUGUUGUGUGCCCCAAACAUAAAUAUACUAAAAGUAAUCUUCAAAUAGUUGUUAUAUGUUUAUAUAACAUAUUAUGAACAUAUAUUGUACAUUUAUGAACAUAUUAUUAUGAACAUAUGUUGUACAUUUAUGUAGGUGCAAAUACAUUUAUUAAGGAUAUAGUUAGGUUUAUAUUUUAUAAUUGGUAAAAUUUAUUACUUAUACCUCAUUUAAUUUAUGU